AUGUGGUUUCUUCUGGCAAUCGGAGGCAGUGGUAGUGAGCGUGUUCUCUUGCCAUUCCGGGUCUGCGGCAGCGGCGACAAGUGUGUUCUCCUGGCAUUCAGGGCCAGCAACAGCAAAGCUCAUCCAGUCGUUCAGGAUGGUGGCAAUGGAUUCUUCAAAAUGGCAGCACCAGCAAGGCAACAUUUGCAACCUCAGUGGGACCCAUGGCUUGGCUUGGCAGUGGAACCAGAGACGUUUGGUUGCGGAGAAGAAAUCACUGAUCUUAAAGAACGACUGACAGUAUUGGAAGCUAAAGACCAUCAGCUGCGUUUAGAAAUAGAAGAAGAAACCAGACUUGUACAGUCAUAUGAUUAUGAACUUCCUUCUUUAUUGACUCUCUCAGCGAAUGAGUUACAAGAUCUGAAUAAGACACUGAAAGAUGCCCUGCCGUUACGGAAUAAAAUCCUAUUCAAUUCGAAGCUUCCUGAAGAUGUGAAGAGGCUGCAUCUGAAAGAACAGUCACUAAUUAUGGCUAUUAAGACAGCUGCUACAAAGAUCUUCACUAGCCAAAGACUAUGCAACAAACUGAGUGGGAAGGCGAGUGACAUUGAAAUGCAGCUUCCAAUUCUCUUAGAAGCCAAGAUGUUAGCAAUAUCGGGGCAUGAAUUCUCCACUGCAAAGGCCCUUGCUGAAGAGUUCAAAUAUUUGAAUUCCAAGAAAGUUGAACUUGAAGAACUUAUCAAUGACCUGCAGGAUUUUAGUAUUAAGAAGGCUCAACAAUUUGAAACCAUCAGGGAGGAAUAUAAUAGUCUGAGGGCUCAACUGGAUCAAAGAGAAAGUUUAUUUGAGAAGAACCUGAAGGAAAAUAUUUUUGCGUAUAUGAAAGUCCUAGAAGAAAAACUUCAGAGUUGUGGAAAUCAGCUACUUGAGAAAAUAUGGGAAGCAGACUUCGAGGCCUGUCAACUCUUUUUCAAAAGUCUACAGCUACAAGAGGCAAAUUUCUGUGGCCCUGAAAGGCAAGAGUUUCAACCAAAUGAAGACAGCAAUGCCGUUGAAGAUGCAUGCAUAGAGGUUAAAGACAAAGAUGACUCUACCUUUCUAAGUAAAGAUUGGUGUGUGAUACAGUGUUCUGUUCCUGAUCAAAAAGAAACUGAUUUGUCAAAGGUGUCAACUUUUAGUAUUAAAGACACACAGUCAGAGAUUACAUACAAAAGUUCUGCAGUGGACAUAGGAGUACAGUGUGAAACAAUUAGUCACAAACUGGUGUAUUUGGAAGACCAACUGCAAAUGGCAAUUAACAAUCAUGACAAGAGUCUUACUCAUAUCCUUUAACUUAAAAUUUAGAAACUGAAAUUAGUUUUGCUG